GUCUCCUCCGCUUCAGCUGCUUUAAAGUCGUGCACGACCCGCAGCUGGCGAUCUGCUCAAUUCGUCGGCGCUACUUACGAUGGGCUACACACUCUGCGUUCUAGGAUGCGGAACGAUGGGCGUCGCCGUCAUAUCCGGCGUGCUCGCCAGCCUUGAAGCCAAGGAGGUGGCGGGUCCUUUCCCGCAUGCAAAAUGGGAGUCCCACACUCCGGGGACGAUGACACCGCACGAGCUGGAGGACGAAGCAUUACCAUCGCGAUUCAUCGCAUGCGUUACUCGCGAAGAAAGUGCGAAAAAGCUCAGAGCCACGUUCGCGUCCUCCGGAUCGCUCGGACACACGGUGAAAGUCCUCGUUUCGGACAAUGUACACGGUGUGCAGCAGUCCGACGUUGUGCUACUGUGCUGCAAGCCACAGCAGGCCCAUCUCAUCCUGACGGAGCCCGGCAUGAAGGAAGCGUUAGAGGGGAAGCUCCUCAUAAGCAUCCUCGCCGGAGUGACGAUCUCUCAAAUGAGAGCAUGGGUACCCGAAUCUACGAAGGUUAUCCGGGCCAUGCCCAACACUCCAUGUAAAAUCCGAGAGGGGAUGACAGUAGUCAGCACCCUUCCUCCGUCCGCCUCGCCUGAGCUGGACCGCUCUAUCAUAUUGAACAUUUUCUCAUCAAUCGGACGGUGUCGCAUCCUCGACGAGAAGCAUUUUGAUGCCUGCACGGCGCUCUCCGGAUCGGGACCCGCGUUCGCUUGCAUCUUCCUUGAGGCGAUGGCUGACGGGGGUGUAAUGAUGGGCUUGCCUCGUGCCGAGGCACUUGAGUUGGCAGCACAGACACUGCAGGGUGCGGCUCGCAUGACAUUGCAACUGGGCACGCAUCCGGCACAACUUAAGGACUCUGUUACCACUCCAGGAGGGUGCACAAUCGCCGGUCUUUUGGCCAUGGAGGAUGGUAGAGUGCGUUCGACCAUCGCUCGUGCCAUUCAGAUUGCUACAGAAAAAGCCACGGAGCUCGGUCAUCCCACAAAGCAUUGAUGCAUUGAUGCAGUCCACACACAUGGCACCGUUAUCUUGAUCACAGCGCUUCGCCGAUUUCUUACGAUGCGAUUCGUAUAAUAGGCAUAAGCAUAAUUAAUGCGCGGACUCCAUUAAUGUUUUAGCCAGAUCUGGUGUAAGUACAGUACGUGGUGACUACAAAUCAGACUCAUUCAGACGGCUAAGAGUGUCACCGUCAAUCUUAUUCGGUCGUCUCCACCAUGAAGGGACCGCCAAGACAACGGGUUAUGUAUCUUGAAGAAGAUAC